GAUGAGCUCUAGGCUACAGCUGGGUCUUUGUUACCACAAACAGAAAAAUCUGCUUCAAGUUUUGAGAUUUUUUUUUUAAGGAAAAUAAAUUAAACGAAACGUUUCUGGUGGUUGUUGCUGUUUUCCGUCGCGGAUGUAGGUCGCUGUCGCUGUAGAUUACCCGAGAAAACGCGCUGACGUAAAGCUGGGCUGACAAUAUCAGAUGUACACAAACAAACCCAGCGCUCUUCUUUUAAGGUGGUACUGAGGGGAUGGACUGAUAGACCGGAGAACAGAGGACCGUCGUUUUGGACUGAAAGCCGAAGCUGCUCGGGUUGUCAUUUGUUUUGUUGGAAGCUGAAAACGUGUGUCAGUGAAACAACACGAAACGAGAAGCAUGAGGCUCCUCCAGAGCUGAAAGGAGCUCGGCUCCGUUUCUUUCCCCAGCGACCAUGAGAGGCGAGCGGGGGGAUUGUUGGAAAAGGCAGCCCAUGGCACACGAAGGUGGGCUUCGAUUUUCAGGCUGCCUCGUCGAAAUAGCGGAGAAGAAGUGGACGGAGGGAGGGAUUCCGUGGUCCAAAACCAUCCCCAGUUUUCUCAUAAACUAAUCCGAAGCGUUGACAGACAUCGGGGAGAUGGAGACGGUCGGAAAGUUCGAGUUCAGCAGGAAGGACCUUAUAGGACACGGGGCUUUCGCCGUGGUGUUCAAAGGCAGGCAUCGUGAGAAGCAUGACUGGGAAGUUGCAGUUAAAUGCAUAAAUAAGAAGAACUUGGCAAAGUCUCAGACUCUCUUAGGGAAAGAGAUCAAAAUAUUAAAGGAAUUGAAGCAUGAAAACAUCGUCGCAUUGCACGACUUCCAGGAAACCGCAAGCUCCGUGUACUUGGUAAUGGAGUACUGUAAUGGAGGAGACCUGGCUGACUACCUGCACUCUAAAGGCACUCUGAGUGAGGACACCAUCCGUGUGUUCCUGCAGCAGAUAGCAGGUGCUAUGAGAGUUCUGCAGGCCAAAGGCAUCAUCCACAGAGACCUGAAACCCCAGAACAUCCUGCUCUCUCACCCGGCCGGCCGCAAAUCACACUCCAACAACACGUGCAUCAAGAUAGCUGACUUUGGAUUUGCACGACACCUGCAGAACAACAUGAUGGCUGCAACACUCUGUGGCUCCCCCAUGUACAUGGCUCCAGAGGUCAUUAUGUCUCAGAACUAUGAUGCCAAGGCUGACCUGUGGAGUAUAGGAACCAUUGUGUUUCAGUGCCUGACUGGGAAGGCCCCUUUCCAGGCAAGCAGUCCUCAGGACCUCCGCUUGUUUUAUGAGAAAAACAAAAAUCUCAGCCCAAACAUUCCCAGAGAAACCUCCAGCCAUCUGAGGCACCUGCUGCUGGGUCUGCUGCAGCGGAACCAUAAGGACCGGAUGGACUUUGAUGAGUUCUUCAAACACCCUUUCCUUGAGGCAAGUUCCACCAUGAAGAAGUCGGCCCCUGUGACCCUGACAUGUUUUCCCAGUUCAGCUUCUGCAAGUUCGUGUAGCAGCUCCUCCACCUCGCAUCUUGCUUCUCCUCCCCAGUCUCUUGGUGAGAUCCAGCAGAAUCGAGCGAAAGCUUUAGCUUCCCCUACCCAGGAUUCCCCAGGCUAUCUGCUGAAGGAUUCAGGCGGCGGUGGCGGCAGCAGUAAGAAUUCGUCCUGCGACACGGAUGAUUUUGUCAUGGUUCCGGCUCAUUUCCCCAGUGAGCUCACAUGUGAAAUGCCCUCAGGGAAGGUGCUCCAGGAUAGUCUGAUGUAUAGCGGGAGUUCUUUCCUGGCGUCUGGAAGUCAGGGCGGUCAGGUCAAAACCCCACCACGUUCACCCUCAUACAGCAGCUCUCCAGGACCAGCAGGCAGGCCCACUGAAUACUCUGUGAGUAACUAUGGCAACUAUGGUCAGUCUGUACCCAUUCCCGUGCCCACUCAGAUUCACAACUACCAGCGAAUGGAGCAGAACCUGCACUCUCCCAGCCAGGACAGCUCCCCACGAUGCGGCCCAAUGCGGCGGUGCAGCAGUGGCAGUCCUCUGGGCUGUGGCAGGACAGGCCCCUCUCCCCCUCACCAAGGAGGCCUCCCCUCCCGCAGACUGUCUAUGGGGGGCUCCAGACCCUUCCAGCUCUCCCCACAAGUGGGCACCAUCCCUGAGCUGCCAGGCCAGGCUGGCCUGCAGGGCACAGAGACGGGCCACAGGGGCUCUUGGGGUGGAGCUUUCCAGAUUCCAGAGGCCAAGGCCCGUCCGCAGCAGCAGCAGGGGCUCGGCUCACGCCUACACAGCGCCCCCUGUCUACUGGAGGCUGCUGGUGGCUGCAGGCAGACGAUCAGGAAGCAGCACUCGGACCCUGUGGUGGCCCCUCAAGGGGGCAUGGUGGCCCUCAGGCCUCUGCAUUCCUCUCCUAGACUCAGUGAGCUGAUGCAGCGUAGCCCUCUGCCCACCAUCCUUGGAUCCCCAUCAAGAGCUAUGCCCCCAUUUGAGUUCCCAAAACCACCCAGCUCCCCCAACAUGGUCACUUUUUUGACCCAGCAGGGCUUAGUUUUCCCAUCAUCUGCCAGCAGGCCAUCCCAGGGAGAGGCAGGCCUGCCUGCUGCCUGCCAGCCUGAGGAAGCCAAGGCUUUUGGCAGGUCCCAGAGCGCUGGCCGCCUGUCGGACAUGCUGCUGAUGGCAGCGUUUGGGGGACAGCUGGGAGACAGAGGGAGCACGGAGAACCUCAGUGCUGACAGAGACAUAGAUAUAACAGCGCCUUCUGGUGGUGGUACCAUGGUGGUAGGCUCAGGCAGUCCAGCACGUGUGGUGUUCACUGUGGGCUCACCGCCCACUGGAGGCACCCCACCACAGACAUCUCGCUCCAGGAAGUUUUCAGCAGGCUCUUCAAGCUCCAUUAGCCCCGUGGGUUCCCUCACCAGCCGCUACCCCCAUUCAGGAAUGUGCUUGGACGGCUAUGAGAGUCCCCGUUAUGGUCUUACUGACCCCAUCUCUGCCAACCUAGAGGGAGGUAUAACCUUUGAGGCCCCUGAGCUCCCAGAGGAGACACUAAUGGAGCAAGAGCACACAGAGACUCUGCGCAGGCUUCGCUUCACGCUGGACUUUGCCCGAUGUAUGGUGGAGGUGGCGGCAGCGAGGGGUGGAGAGGCUGAGCGGAUAGAGCCGGUGUCCACCUGCCUGCACGAGCAACAGAGCAUGGUGGCCGACCAGAUCAGCUCUCUGAGCCGAGAGUGGAGUUAUGCUGAGCAGUUGGUGCUGUAUAUGAAGACUGCAGAGCUCCUGUCGUCUGCACUGCACUCAGCCAUGGAGGGCAUCAAACAGGGCAAACUGUAUCCCUCCACCACUGUCAAACAAGUGGUCAGGAGGCUGAAUGACCUGUACAAGUCGAGUGUGAUAUCAUGUCGCUCUCUUAGUGCACGUCUGGAGCGGUUCUUUUCCCGCAAGCACCGUCUGAUGGACCACAUCAACAGCAUCACUGCAGAGAGGCUCAUAUUCAGCCACACUGUGCAAAUGGUGCAGGCUGCAGCGCUGGACGAGAUGUUCCACCAGGGUGAGGCUUCAGUGCAGCGCUAUCAUAAGGCCCUGCUGCUGAUGGAGGGUUUGUCUCUGCUCCUCACAGAGCAGGCUGAUAUCCUCAGUGUCAGCAAAUGUAAGCAGUGUAUUGAGCGUCGUCUUAAUGCCCUGCAGUCUGGCCUGUGCGUCUAGAGCCCUGGUUUGGUUCUCUGCUGUUCUGCUGCUAAACCUGCCAAGUUCCCUACAUUCCUCUGAAGCACCCCAGCUCUCUUUCCACCUCUCCGGCCGGCCUUCACCUCCGGGUCUGCCUGGAAAUGCAGGUUGAGAGGACUGAGCUCUUGCUGAUACGGACUCCACAGCUGAGUGCGUGUAGUGAUGCCUGCAGUAAAGCUGGGGACUUUGUAAUGGAGAGCGGCUGAGCUGUGCCUGCUUUGGGCAACCGAUCCCCAGCACCACGCACGCAUCAGAUAUCAGGCCAGUUCACCCAAAGGGCCAAUCAUCUGCAGGCAAUCACUUCAGCCAUCCACGAUAAGCAGGCUCUCACUGAUUCCUUCACAUUGUCUCUGCAAAGGCUGUGGAUCUGUCUCCACUCUACUUAUACAAUAAGCUGCACUGUGUAAACGUCUUUAUUUUCUCACAGACAUGAUGAUUUCACUUUAUAAUGGGAAUGUGCAAUCACAGUCAGUUGACAGGUCUGCGCCUGUGUACUCAUCAGCAGUCGGAUUGAUUUAGUCAUGAGUUGGAACUGUCGAAAGGCAAUUUCACAAAUCUGUUCAGGUGUCUCCCCAGCCACUUCAAGACACGUUGAAUGCUUUUAUCUUUUAAAAAAAAAGCAUCCUGAUUUUUGAGUUUGUGUUUUUGUUUUUGUUUUUUCCUUUCUGAUUCCAGUUUUCAGUUUGAGGAAGGCACACUCACUGGAUGAAUGUUUUUGGACCAGAAAAUGAGACUGUGUUCUUUAGGCACUUGCUGCCAGGUUAGUGGGUAGUGCAUAACCUGCGGUUUAGUAAACAUUGUCAAAGGCUACAAUCAGGCAGCAUUAUUUCGCCUGUGCCACUGAAACCAUCCCAUUUAGUUUAAGCCGUCGUUUUGCUCCGAUUACCAGUGAGGCCAUGUGUAGCACUUUAGUGAAUGUUGACCAAUCUAAUGAGAGAUUGUCCAGUUCCUCUUUGUCUCCAAAUCAUACAGACAACAAAAAACUGUCUGAUAUAUGGACAUCUCUUGAUCACUUCUUUUGUAUUGGGUUUUUUUUUCUUUUGUUUCUUUUAUUCAGUGUUUUUGUUGUGUUUGGCAAUCAUGCAUUUGUAUAUGUGUCUGCAUCUUAAGUGCAUGUGUAUGAAUGGAAUAGGCCAAGGUAACAUGCUACAAACACAAAGCGAAAAGAGCCCGAACCCUUGUUGCAUUAUUUAAAAUGAUGUGGUUGCAGGUUCGUCUGUUUAAUAGAAACAGCUGAGAAUCUAGGCCAAAGUAUAAAAUUAAAUCAUUCACUUCUAUUUAACCGACAUUUUUGGGUGGGAUUUUAACCUGCCAGUUUCUUUAGACUUACAAUAAUAUAUACACUCCUAAAAAUAGCCAUAACUUUGUUUAUUUGUAAUGCCUGUGGUGAAUCAGAAAACAAAAGGGCAAAUCUUGGCCUAAUACCAAUACCUUCUGUAGGUUUACUGCGCUGUAUGAGGGCUCAUCAGUACUGUACGUCAGGGAGGGAGCAUUUUAAUGCAACUUAAGUUUCUUUUUAGAGUGUGUCCAGUGAGUGCUUUUAAGCUUUAGAUAUAUUAAUGUGUGCCGUCUUUGAGUAGUUUUGUGUGUCAGAUAUAAGUUUAAGCUAUUUAAAAUAUUGAAAAAUGUGCCUUUCAAGAAAAAAAAAGCAAAAAUGGAAACACUGAAAAAAGUUUUUGUUCUUUUGUCACGUGCUAUUUUAACGUUUUUUCUCAUUAUUUCCUAAUACUCGAAUGAAGUGAUGCUUGUGUUUUGAUGUUUGAUUAUAUUGGACUAAGUUGAGAUGGAUAUUGGCUUCAGCUUUGCGAAAUGUAGUUAGUGUGUUUGGACUGACUUGUGUGUAAAAAGGUGUAAGAUGGUAAGUAUAUGCCGUAUUUUAAUCGUAAGAAGAUUUAGUUUUGAAAGAGUGAUGCGUUAUUGCUUGAUGGUGCCAGUUACAGUGUGAAUUGAACUGAAGAUGUUGCAUGUGUUAUGACUCUCACCAUUUUUGUGUAAAUGUGUUUCUGCGUUAUCAAGGCAUUCCUAUGUGUUCUCUGUUUGCUUUCCAUUGUUAAAACCAUCCCAAGCACACUGGGCAGGUUUUCACUUGUUCAGUGAUUUGUGUUCAGACUUUUAUGUUUAGUUCUUUAUACAUAAAAUAUGCACCAUCUUUGAGCUAAUACUAGUAUCUAAAGUUUUGUAAUGUCAGAUUCAGAUCAAUUACACCAGUGUUCCCCAACUCCAAAAAUCAGUUAUUUUUUGCUUUUUUUUUCCUUUUCCAUUUCUUGCAGCAGUUUGUGAAAUUAUUGACUUAUAUUGACAAAAUAAUGACUUACUAAGUCAAAUUUGAGAAAUUAUCUUGGAAAAAAUAACUUGGUAUGCUGGAAUAAUGACUUAGUGUGUCAAAGUAAUUACUUAUUUUCUUGAAAGAAGUACUUAUUUUUUGCAAAAUAAUAACUCAUUGUUAUUUUGUCUCAAAAUAAUGACGUGUUAUUGAACUUUUGACUUAGUACCUGGAGAAAAUUAAUAUAUUGGAAUAAUUACUUACUAUGUCAAAAUAAUGACUUAUCUUCCUGAAUUUUUUAAUGUACUAAAGUAAUCACUGAGGUAAAAUAAUAAUGGCUUAUUCAUUUAUUUUAAGAUACUAAACCAACAUUUUGAGAAAAGUCUUUAUUUUCAGAUACUAAAUCAAGCCUUUAAGAAAACAAGUCAUUAUUCCAACAUAGUAAUUCAUUAUUUUGAGAUACUAGGUCAAAAUCCUGGGAUACUAAGUGACAGUUUUGAGAUAGUAAGUCGUUAAUUUGAGAUGCUAAGUCAAUAAUUUCAGAAAACAAGUCAUUACUUCAUGUUGCUGCCAUCAGAAUUUUACAUAGAGAAGGCUGUUUUUUUCCUCUUCUUCCUGGCAGGAAUGGACAUCCAUAGUAAGGACUUGUUAAUGAGCAUAUGAUUUUCGUACAAGCCAGGAAAACCCUAAAAUGUGCAGAGUAGAAUGCCUCCAGGACCAGAGCUGGGAAACACUGAGUCAGACCAUUAAAAAUUAUAUAUGCUGCAUCUAAAUCUUCUGAAAUGUCUCAAGAGAAUAUGUCUCGGAUGGCAGGUCGCUGGUUCCAUGGCGCUAACUGAACUGAUAAACUGGUUUGUUCAGCUAGAGUCUGAUACUGAUACUCAUGAGUGACACUAAUCACGCAUUACCUGAACUCACCAUUCGGGUGUAUUUUGAGUGCAACCGUGAAGGUUUGCUUCUGUGCUUCUGCAUAUGUACCAGGAAGCUGAUGUGUUUUCUCUUAAUACCACUUGUAAAUAAGGAUUGUAAAUUAAGUUAUUGCGCCAAACAUGUAUAUACAACGAGCAAACGCAUGAUGUGCUUUCCAUUCCCUUCACCCCACCAAAGAGAGGACUGCUACAUCUCCCAGUUGUUGCUAGACUGUUGUUAAGCAUUUCUUAUAGUCGACUCUGUAGUGACUUAAGGAACUGUACACACUAUUUCCAUGUCCAUAUACCAGAUGUAACUUUUUUGCUUUAAAAGGUACAACACAAAUAAAAAGACUAUUACAAUCUGU